UUAAAACCCGGAUGUAAAAAAAUAUUUUACAUGAUGAGCUACCAACGUGGCGCGAGCGUCCAUCUGCUGCUUAUUUGGUUUGUGUGUUUGUUUGGCAAAGUUUCAAGUAACUUUCACUCUCUUCGUGCGCUGACAAUUGACGGGGAAGAACAAAAGAUGGAAAUUUAUAAAGGAAAGGUGUGUCUUGUUGUCAAUGUGGCAAGUGAAUGUGGCUAUACUCUCUCCAACUACAGAGGCUUGGUCGAGCUGCAGAGACGUUUUACAGACAAAGGGUUCGUCAUACUGGCAUUUCCAUGUAAUCAGUUUGGUCAACAGGAGCCGGCAUCAAAUACAGAGAUUAAGGCGUUUGCUCAAACUGAAUACGGCGUCACAUUCCAACUCUUUUCCAAGAUCGAUGUUGUAGGACAAUUUGCUCAUCCAGUCUACAAAUAUCUUUCAACACAGACUCAAGAGGUGCCGCAUUGGAAUUUUGCUAAGUAUCUUGUUGGAAGAGAUGGUCACGUGAUCAAGUUUUACGACACCAUUGUCGAACCUGCAGACAUAGCAAAUGACAUUUCUAAAGCUCUUACGCACGCGCACACUGAAUUUUGACGUUAAAGUAUGACUAUGACAGCUGGUUGAUAUCAAUAAUACAUUUCUAUAUUAUCACACACUUUUGCACUGGGUUGAGUGACCACUUUUACAAAGUGUACUUUUGCCAUUCGACUGUUG